AUGUGGAGAGUGCUGAAGAAGAUGACAGAGUGUACGAAAAGCGCGGUCAUGCUAGACGGAGAACUGUCAAAAUUCUUCGACAUUGAGCAGGGGGUCCCACAAGGUUGCACGCUGUCCCCAACAUUGUUCCAGGUGUUCAUCAACGAUCUGUUGGAAGUCGUAGAGGCAGUCCGGAAGGGAGUAAAAGUAGGGGACACGGAA